CUUAGUGGGUUAGAAUGGAGUUGGUGGUGGUGGGGGAGAGGCUGCGAGCCAGGACACCUGGGGUCUGAGAACAAUGGAAAAAGCUUGUCCCUCCGGCCCCAUUGAGAAUAAUGGAAGCUGCGUUCUCUGAACACGGGCCUGGUGCGGCCCCCUCAACGAGAGGGGUCUGUGGGACACUGGCUCCGGGCGCGUGUGGGGGGGACCCUAGUGUGUGGGGGCUGGGCAGUGACGCUGUGUGCGGAGGGCUGGUAUCACCAUGGCGUUGAGCCACCCCUGGGCCCAGGCGUGGCUGUCUCAGCUCUGGCUGCGAGGGAGCCCUGCAGCCCCGAUCCCGGCCUGGUUUCACUUCCAUCUCUCUGACGCCCACAGACUCCGCUCCUCGGGGCUGGGUGGGAAGUGACGCGGCCGCUGGUGGUUGGGCGCGUGCUGCGCUCUGACCGAGGGGCCAGCCCGAGCCAGGCGCCGCUGAACGAGGGUCUCUGUAAGGCUGGCUCAGAGCCGCAGCUCCCGGGGGCUCGGCCCAGGGGAGGCAGCAGGAUUUGGUGUCGUUCUGGCGAGUUGACCGAAGCCCCCACAUGCGAAAGUCGGGUGUCCCGAUUCCCGGGCGCUGCGAGGGGCUGCUGGAGAAUCUGCACCGGCUCUAGGUGAGCGGCUCUGCUGGUUAAUUCCCCUCCCGGCCAAACACUGGCACUUCCGGGGCUGUCACUCUGCCCUGCUCUGCUGGCCGCCGAGGGCUCUGCUCUCAGGAAUCCCCUCCCCGGGCAGGUGCCCCUCACCGCUUCGUGUGGCUGACCUGAGUGGAUCCAGCUCCGCCAGACAGCCCUUUGCCAACCCCUUCCCGGCGUCUACCCGUCUGGGCGGUGCAGAGCCCAGCCCUGGCCGCAGCAGCACCCAGUGAUGGUCGCACCCGGCUCUCCCCAGCCGGGGGCUUGGCUCUGUAGGGCGGCUGCAGGACAGCUCUGUUACCUGGCACCCUUGGCAUCGGGGCCGGGCCCUGCACCCCGGGUGGGCACCACAGGCUGGUCUCUCGCUGCUGGACCCAACCAGGUGUGAGUACAGAAUCUGCCGGGGCGUCUCCCUGCCCUGAGAGAGCCCAGAGCCCUCGGAGACCCGGCGGCCGCCCCAGGGAUUCGCCGACCGAGGGUUUGUUACCGGCCCAGGAUGUGUCGCAUGCUGCCCAUCUGGCUCGUCCUUCUCGGCUGCUUCCUGCUGCAAGGGUCAGAGGUCCGAGUGCACCAGCCGCCGGAGCUGAGGGCCUCACCGGGGGGCUCCGUGCUCCUGAACUGCACCUUCUCCGCCACCCCAAAGGCCUCCAAGCUGGCGGGGACCUGGGUGCGGCGUGCACCCGGCGGCAGUGGGGAGCUGCAGAUCUACCCCCCGCCCAGCCAGCUCACCCAGCUGCGCAGCCGCCUUGCCCUGGACUCGGGGCGCUUUCGGCACCAGCGGGACGCGUCCCUGCACCUGGCCAACCUCACCCAGCACGACGCCGGGCUCUACCGCUGCUUCAUCUGGACCUCGGCCACCAGCAGCCACGCCGGGAACGGGACCGAACUCAGCGUCCUGGGGGAGGGACCAGGAUCCGGGGUGCAGCGCUGGGCAGCCUGUGGCCCCCUGGGAGUCCUGGCGGCCAUCCUGCUGGUCCUGCAUGCCAUGGUGUGCCGGGAGUGCCAGGGCCUGCGGCACCGUCGGAGGUACAUGAGGUCUGGUGCCCAGGGACGGGAUGUGGCUGGGGACCCGGGCUCACGGCCAACCCUUGGGCUGGCAGGGAAGGACGGAGCCCCCCGACCCCUCUGAUGGCUGGUUGGCUGCAGGGCACCAUCGCCUCCGCUCCGGGGUCCUCUUGUCCCCAGGGUCCCCUCCCUUGUUCCCAUGCAGAGUCGGCUGGGGGAGGGAACCCCCAGGGAGCCCCCCUGGCAACCUGUGCCCUGGAAAGGAGAGGCGGUGCCCGAUGUGAGGCGGCUGUGAGAUGAGGGGCCCGGGGACGUGCAGAGGCUUUUGGGGAACCCAGGGGGCCCAGCAGCUCCUGCUCCCCCAGGAGGGCACCAUCUGGGCCAUAUUGAGUAGACGGUGCACAGGAUCCAUGUGGGCGAUGCCAUCCCCGGCACAGCGACACAGCCCCGCCGCAUGGUGCAGGGCCUGCAACCGGCAGCUCUCGUCCCCACAAGCCACAGCCCCAGAGCGCAGCCUGGCCUCCCCGCGUGGGCUGCAGCCUGCAGCUGAGCCUGUCUCUGCCGGGGGAACUGAAACAGGAGCCACAUCUGCUCGCAGGGCCGGGAACAGCCCAGGCUGCUCCGACCAGGCCCAGCUCAGGGCUGAGCUCUGCUCUGCCUCUGCAGCCGGGGGACGCAGCACGGCCCGGCUGCAGCUCCAGCGCUACGGGACGGAGCGGGGGUCUUUGCCUCCUGUGCAGGGCUGGAUUCCCAGUUCGGCACAGGAGGCACGUGCCUGGGGCGCUGGCAAAAACUGCCAAGUAUGUGCUUUGCUAGCCCAGCUGGGCUAGAGUCAGCUGCCAGUUGCUGCGGAUUUUUAGCAGUUGUGCUGCGGCAUUUUAUUUUGCUGCCCUGUUGCCGCUGGCCACACUGCUCAGGACUUCUCGGGAGGGAGGGAGCCUCCGGGUCUGCCCCACGCCCUGUGCUGACACCCCACACCCCACUUGUCCCACCUCGCGCCCCCUCCCCACAGCACGCGCAGGGUUCUUGUCCGGGGAGGCAGAAUUUUUUUUUCUGCAGAAAAUAUGCUGCAGUUCUGCCUUUUGCCCACCAGAGGCGCUGCUGAGGCGCCAGAGCAGCCUGGACUGGCAGGUGUGGGGGGUGGUUUCUCUGCCUGUAAUUGUGAGGAAGUGGGGAUUUUCCCUUGUUAUGUUGUGAGAGUCUUACUGCUUGGCAUGAGAGCUGUGUGGGCCUCAGUUUCCCUCUGUGCUGCACCAAUGUCCAGGUGGUGGGAAUAAGCGUGUGACUUUUGCGGGGGCUUCUCCAGCUGCCUGCACCGAUGCUGUGGCCUCCCCUUCGUAACCUGAGACCAGGAGGGGGAUGCCACCAGGUGACUCUUGGCCCAGAAAGCAGGAAGUGAGACAAAGGCCGGAGGAGGAGCAAUGGGCCGGGCAGGGGCCAGGCAGCUGGAAGCGAGUCAGUCCCAGCUGGCUUGGGGCUCAGGGGGAGGACGAGAGCCCGGGCUCUGGGCUCCCCUCCCCGCAAGUUGGACUUGGCUGAAAGUCACUGAUUUCUGUGCUAACAAGCUCUGCCCUACGCGGCGUUCCUGUCGCCUAAUAAACCUGCUGUUUUACUGGCUGGCUGAGGGUCACGUCUGACUGCGGAGUUGGGGUGCAGGACCCUUCCGCUGCCCCAGAAGCCCCGCCCAGGCGGACUCGCUGCGGGAAGUGAACAGUGUGGAAUAGGGUGACCAGAUGAGAGGAAGAAAAUAUCGGGACACAUUUGGGAGGGAGAUCACCGUGGAGGAGAAAAAAAAAAAGCUGAGUGCCGCUGGUGGAGAAAAAACAAAAACAAAAAACGGAGUAGCAUGACUUAUCAGGACAUUGGUUGGGACGCGGGACAAACGCCUCAAUAUCGGGACAGUCCCGAUUUUAUCGGGGCGUCUGGUCACCCUAGUGCGGAAGGGGAUGCUGAAUGCUCCGAGGUCAGACCCAGGAAGG